AUAAUACUAUUAUAUUUUUUUUAAAAUUUUUUUAAUCUUUUAAAGUGAUUUAAUUAAUUAAUUAUUUAAAUUUUAAAUAUUUUUUUCACGAAAAAUUAUAUUUAGAAAAAACAAAUAUCUUAUUAAUUUCCAGGAAUAAAGAGAUUCUGAACAUUAAUUUUUGGGCAUCAUGAAAAAUAUUUGGAUCAUAUUUAAAUCAUAAAUCUCUUGUUAAAUGGCUCUUCUUGUUCCGGUCAUCAAAUCAAAUUAUUCCCUCUAUUCCCGACCUAGUAAAGGUUACCCCACUCCUCUUCCAAAAUCCAAUUAUUCUCUCAAUCACUAUGGCCAACAGCAGAAGCAAGCAAUGUUUGAUCCUUCUCAAAGAGCCUACUUCGCGCCGAACAAUAUAUCUCAACAGCGCAAAUUAAAUUCAGAUUAUUACAAAAAUUACAGUAAUAAGCACCACAAUACUUCAUCAUCCUCAUCAUCAUCCAUUGUUGGCGAUUCUAACAAAAUUUAUAAAACCCCCACCACUGUAGUUCUUAAUGGGGUCAUGCCUAAUUCUUAUAAUUCUAAAAACUAUAAUAGUUCUUACAAUUCAUCCAGCAAAAAUCAAUUACUACUGCCUCCUAACAUAGUUUUAUCAUACAAAAAUACUUCUCAGAAAUGUAAUACAGGUGUUAUAAUCCAGCCUUAUCCCAAUUCCAGUAUUACUCCUAAUGUAAAUGGUAAUGGCAGAAGAUUCAGGUCACUAUCUGAACGUUCAAGAGUAAUAACACCUAUGCCUAUAAUAUUUGAGGAUGAAAGAUUGGGUUCUGGCCCUGAAAUGCUAUUUCAUCCUCAUACUGCACCCCCAGUUCGAAAAACACGUAAAUCCAAAUCUUUCCCUAAUGAUGAACAUUCUAUAAAAUCAACAUCAAAUAGUGGCAAAAGAAAUGAAAUUAGUGGGUAUUAUAAAAAGUUUUUUACCCAAAAAAAAUCUAAGACUGAUAAACCUAAAAUUCAACCUAGACCUGACUCUGAAAGUGAUUAUUGGUGUCCACUAACGACUGCAUCCAAAAAAUGGUAUUCUUUAUUAAACAAUGGUGCGAUAUUAUCCCCCAAAUCAUGUGAUAAUAAGAAGUCCGCAGUUUCUAUUUCAAAGUGCACAUGUGAAGCUUGUGUAUGUGGAUGUAAUGGCUCACGUAAAAGGAGAAAACUUUUUACCCGAAUUAAAAAUUGUCAAAGCAAUGAGAUAAUAACCUCAAAUAUUAUUAACUCUGACACCGAUGAAUUAAUCCAUAAACCUAUUCAUAGACACAGAGCUGGAUGUUUUAAAGUGAAUAAAUCCUCAUCGAAAUCAAGCACUGACAUUAAUAAUAAUGAUAUUGAUCAAAUAAAUCAGCCUGCUGGUGAACCUUUAUUAGAAAUAUCCAAAAAUACUUGUGGUGUUCAUAUUAUUCCUCCUGACAGUAUUUUAAAGGAGAGAUUAAGUUUGCCUUCUAAAAAAUUUAGUACAACAUCAUCUUCUAGUGAUUCUUAUUCAACACCCUCACCUAGCCCUCCUAAUCAUUCACCUCUCAAUAGUGAAAUUGCAUUAGCUGGCAAAUACGCUUUUGCACAGCUUUGCCAACAUAAUCAAUUCAGUAAGCAUAAAUCCCAACAUCAAAACAACAAUCUGAUAAAUAAUUUAGCUAAAAUUAAUUCCCCCAAUGUGACACCUACUUCUUCAAACAAUAUGGUUAUGCUAAUAAAAACCAUUUCUGAAAAAUUGAGCCUUAAAAUUCAUAAUUUAGAUCCUUCUGAAAUAUCAUCUCAGGCUAAUGAAGAGUAUCAGGCUUUUGUAACUAGUUGUGAGGUGGAAGAAAAUGAUGUAACUUUAACAAAGGGUCUUAUUAACAAUUGCAAUACACCUGCCUCAAUAAUAAAUGAUUUAUCACAGAUUUUUAUUAAUGACCAUAUCAUAUGUUCAAAUGCUAAAUUACAAGCCACUGAUACACCUUCAAAUAAGUUAUUAAGACCUAAUGAAUUGCAAUUUAAAAAGAAAGAACAUAUCAAAGAUAUUGACCAUGGCAUGUUAAAUUCAUCAAAUCACAUUAACAGUAUUAAACGCUUAAAAAAUUCUAUAUUCAACAAUACAAAUUCCCCAUUAUUAUCUACAUCAUCCCUGACCAAGAAUGAUAAAUCUUUAACAACUCCUAAAGAUGAAAAGGUUACCUUUUUCAAAAGAUUUAGAACAAUAAGUAGGUGAUACACCUAGAUUCACUUUUUUUAUACAGACAAAUUUAUUUAUAUUUCACUCAUAAUGAAUAAAAUAUUUUAAUAUCUAUUACAAUACAAUAUUAAGAUGUAAGACAUUGGUAUUAACAUUAAUUAUUACAUAGCACAAUGAUAUUUAGUUCGUAUAUUUUUAAUUUAUAGCACUUUUGUAUUUAUUUCAAUUAUAUUACUAUCAAGGAUGUUUUUUUAUCACACCAUUUAUAUCUGUCCUUACAUAAUAUUAUAUAAAAGAAAAUGCAUAAACAUUCAUGUUUAACACUUUAUUUAUAGCAUUACUCUUCAAUUAUUAUAGCUAAUAAAUUAAAUAUGUGCUAUCUAUUACAUAAUAUAUUUAUAAAUUUUUUUAUAACAUUAUUUACAAAAUGCCAUUGAUAUAAAAAUAAAAUUUGUUUUAAAAUAAAGUUAUUUUUUUAUGAAUAUU